AUGAAUACAGGACAUCACCUUAAAUAUGAAAAUCCUAGGCCCAAGGCUAAUCCAUUAUCGAAAUUAUUUUUUGGGUGGAUGAUUUCAUUUAUUCGAAAGGGAAAAAAGGCCGAAUUUCAGUUAAAAGAUUUAUUUAAAUGUCAAGACAAAGACAGAUCUCAGAUUUUGGGGGACAAACUUCAGCGUGCUUGGGAUGAAGAAAUAGUUGCAUUAAAACAAAAUAACAAAAAACCUAGUUUGCUUAAAGCUUUGGCAAAAGCCCAUUAUUUUGAAUUUAUGCUUUAUGGAAUAUUAUGGUUUAUACUAUAUGCUGUGAUUAUGUGCUCUCAACCAGUGGUACUAGGAAAACUACUCUACUUUUUUUCAGUUGAGUUGACGGACGAAAUAAGAACCAAUAUAUACAUUUAUGGUUUUCUCUUAAUAGCCUUAGAUGCAGCAGUAAUAUUUAUUUAUCAUCACUGUUUUUUUGGAUUAAUGUGUGUAGCAAUGAGGGUCAAAAUAUCAGCAUCAUCUUUAGUUUAUCGCAAGAUUAUGAGACUUAGUCAAAAAGCUCUAACGGAAACUGGAGCUGGACAGAUAAUUAAUUUAUUAUCCAAUGAUGUCAGCCGAUUUGAUUAUGGAUUAUUGCCCUUACAUUCUCUUUGGGUGAUGCCUUUUCAAGUAAUAUUUUUAACCAUUAUCAUUUGGCAACAAGUUGGUCUGUCAUCACUGGUUGGAAUUAUUGUUAUGGGAAUUAUUAGUUUGCUGCUACAGGGUUACAUGGGAAAACUAUCUGGAGACUAUCGGUCAAAAAUCGCAAAGAGAACGGAUAAAAGAGUACAACUAAUGAGCGAAAUUGUAUCAGGAAUUCAGGUCAUAAAAAUGUACGCUUGGGAAAAUCCGUUUGAAAAUUUAGUAAAAUCAGUUAGAGCUCUAGAAAUGAAAGACAUUACAGUUUCGGCUUAUUUAAAGGGACUGUAUGGAAGCCUAAUGUUUUUUCUUGACAAAUUAUCGCUAUACCUUACAAUUACCACAUAUGUCUUAUUAGGAUAUAGUAUUACUGCCGAGAAGGUAUACUCUCUAACUAAAGCCUACAAUAUCCUCCAAGUGGCAAUGGCCACGUGGUAUCCUGCAGCGAUAAGACUUGGAUCAGAAUGCUUAAUAUCCGUAAAAAGACUUCAGGAGUUCCUAUUACUGGAAGAAAAAAGAGAUCAAGUUAAUUAUGAAAAGCCAAAUUCUGACGUAAUACUUUCCAACAUUAAUGCUUCUUGGACAACGGGUUCCAUAAAUUUCCAAAAUCUUAACCUUAGAGUUCCAAAUGGAUCGUUAUGCGUAAUUAUUGGCCCGGUUGGUGCUGGAAAAAGUUCUCUACUGCAACUUUUGUUGGGAGAGAUGGAACUUACACACGGGUCUGUCCAGGUUGGAGGAAAAAUAUCAUACAGUUCUCAGCAACCAUGGCUUUUUCAAUCAACAAUACGCAAUAAUAUACUCUUCGGACAACCUCAUAAUAAAAAUCGUUAUAAUCAAAUCAUUGAGGUUUGUGCCUUAAAACCAGACUUUGACCAGUUUCCGAGAAGAGAUAGAACCAUUGUUGGAGAAAGAGGUGUUUCACUAAGUGGUGGACAAAAAGCUAGGAUUAAUCUGGCUAGAGCGGUUUAUAGACAAGCCGAUAUUUAUUUAUUAGAUGAUCCAUUGUCAGCUGUUGAUACCCACGUUUGUAAUCAUUUGUUUGAAAAGUGUAUAAGUCAGUAUUUAGCGGGAAAAACGAGAAUUCUAAUUACACAUCAGUUGCAGUAUUUACAAAAGGCUGAUAUGAUUGUAGUAAUUAAUGAGGGCACAAUAAAAGCGCAAGGCACAUUUAGAGAGCUGUGUGAAAACGAUAUAGAUUUUACAAAAUAUAUGAUGAAUGGAGAAGAAGACAGUAGUACAGAGAUCGAAGAAAUCGAAUUUAUUGAAGAAACAACCGUUUCUAAACGUCCUCUAGAUUCAGACAUGACAAGUUCCCGAAAAAUGUCUAGUGUGUCCCUUACUUUUAGUGAACUAUCCGAAAAUGCCAAUUUUGCUAAUGCGGAUCCGAAUGAAGAAGAAGGAAACGAUCCAAAUAGUAAAUCGUUUAAAGACUAUAUUCUGGCUGUUCAAAAGAUUUGGCUUCUUAUAUUUGUUCUAAUAAUAAUGAUUAUAGUUCAAGUGCUUUCUACCGGAUCUGAUUUUUGGAUAUUCUUUUGGACAAGUAAUGAGGACAUUAAAAAUUCUGCUGAAGAAAUUAAAAUUCAACCAUUUUCAACAAACACCACUACAUAUGACGAUAACAUGUACCUUUACUAUACAUCUGAUAACGAAACAUAUUCAAAUGGUUCUUGGUAUGAUAAAUAUUUUGACUAUGUUAUAAGUGAUCACAAACUAAAGAAAAUUCUCAAAACUAGAUAUUCCAUAUAUGUGUACACUGUUAUAAUUGGAGGAGUUAUCGUAUUUGUACUUGCGAGAGGCUUUAUAUUCUAUAAAACCUGCACAAUAGCUUCUACUAACUUGCAUAAUAAUAUGUUCCAUAAAUUACUUCAAGCUCCGAUGAGAUUCUUUGACACCAAUCCAAGUGGAAGGACGCUUAACAGGUUUUCGAAGGAUAUCGGGACUAUUGAUGAAUAUCUGCCAACUGUUUUGAUUGACAGUCUUGGGAUAUUACUGACUGCUAUUGGUAUCUUCGUAAACAUAAGUAUUUCAAAUCAUUACGUAACAAUGGCAUUAUUUGUAUUAGGACCGUUGUUCUUAAUAUUUAGAAGUUACUAUAUUUCUACAGCCAAGGUGUUGAAACAUUUAGAGGGAAUAGCGAAAUCUCCGGUAUAUUCCCAUAUUAACUCUACAAUCAACGGUCUUGCUACUAUAAGAUCCAGCAAUUCAACCAAUUUAUUAAUAGGAGAAUUUGAUGACCUACAAAAUACGCAUACACCGACAUGGUAUUUAUUGAAUGCUUGUUCGACUUCAUUUGGCCUCUGGUUAGAUAUACUAUCACUAUUGUUUACAAUUAGUAUUACAAUUAGCUUUAUUGUGUUGCACAACGUUUCCGUAGUAUCAGGUAGUUUAGUUGGUUUAGCGAUAACACAGUCAAUGAAUCUGACUGGUAUGUUACAGCAUGCAAUUCGACAGUAUUCUGAACUUAUAAAUCAACUAACCAGCGUCGAAAGGGUUCUUCAAUAUACUAAAUUAGAUAAAGAAGGACCAUUUAAAACUUCUCCAGACAAACUUCCAAAAGAAAAUUGGCCCACACAAGGUAAAAUAGAAUUCAACGAUGUUUCUCUCAGAUACGCCGAAGAGGAGACUCUCGUUUUACGAGAAAUCAGCUUUCAAAUACCAGCUGGAUGUAAGAUCGCUAUUGUAGGACGCACUGGUUCCGGAAAGUCUUCCCUAGUAGCAGCUCUAUUUAGGUUAGCGCCCACAGAAGGAGUUAUAAAAGUCGACGAUAUUGAUACUAAAAUGAUUGGAUUAACUGAUUUAAGAAAAAAAAUAUCAAUCAUUCCUCAGGAACCUGUAUUAUUCUCGGCGAGUUUAAGACAUAAUUUGGAUCCGUUUAACGAAUACGAUGAUUCAGAAAUAUGGACGGCAUUGGAACAAGUAGAACUUAAAGACGUAGUGGACUCAUUAGAUUUUAUUGUCUCUGAAGGUGGUAGCAACUUUAGUUUAGGCCAACGCCAACUGAUUUGUUUGGCACGGGCCAGUUUAAGAAACAAUAAAAUUCUAGUUCUAGAUGAAGCUACAGCAAAUGUAGAUCCUAGAACGGACUCCUUUAUUCAAGCUACAAUCCGAGAGAAGUUUCAAAAUUGUACUGUAAUUACAAUUGCUCAUAGGCUAAAUACGAUAAUGGAUUCGGACAAAGUACUCGUAAUGAACUUUGGAAAUAUAGUGGAAUUCGAUCACCCCUAUAAACUGUUGCAGAUACCAAAUGGGUAUUUUUAUAAUAUGGUUCAAGAAACUGGUUCAGUAAUGGUACAGCAACUAAAGGAAAAAGCUUAUGAGGCCUAUUUAAACGGCAGUUUUUGA